AUGCAGUUUAGGUGUGCCGUCUUGGCGGUGGCAGCCGCCAUGUUAUCUUUCCUCUUCCUCUAUCCGGACACCGCAAGUUGCGGCAUCCCUGGCCUCCACAAAUGGUUUCGGCACCGAUUUCCUGAGGCUGCCGCUCUGACGUCGCCAUCUACCUUCACGGAGAAAGGCAAGGCGGCUGCGGGGUCUACUGGGGCCCCUACGAGUUGCAGCGCAGCAGACAGCCGGGUAUUGCGUGCAUUGUGGUGUAUAAUACGGGGCACUUUCAAGCGAUUUAGGGUGAAGAAGAGUGUUGUCUUCGCCAUUGAUGGGGUCCCUCCUCUUGCUAAACUGACUAUCGCCCAGUUGCGAAGACAGAGAGCUGCGAGGGCCGGCCUACUGUCUGCUUGCAUCGAACAGUGUCUCGCUGGGGGCCAUCAGCAGCCAACGACAGACAGCGGCUACCCACAACCCGACGAAGAGGAUGAUACUGCUGCACAAGAGCAAGAAGAAGAUGGAGCAGCAAAUGACCGACUCAGUGGGGGAAUAACAAGCACGCGGAAAUCUUCUUACAGUAUUCCCUCCUUUCUUCUGUCUCCUGGAACUUAUUUCAUGCGCCGCGUGGAAACAGAAUGCAGAAAGCUAGCCAAGCAACUCCUGCGCUCUGGACAAAUGGAAGCCAACAAGGUUUACGUAUCGGGUUCGUCUUCGUUUGGGGAGGGGGAGUUGAAACUGGCGAAUUGGAUUUGUGAGGCAUUAUCGAGUAGCAAGCGUACAGAAGACAAAGACAAGCAGCAAGAAAGAUAUCAGGAAAGGGAGGAUAAUACAGGAAAAGAAAUUAAAAGGAUAGACCCCAAUGACACUAUCGUUAUCAUUGGAGGAGACGCAGACCUGGUCGUACAGUGUCUUGCUUUACCUUCUACUGCAAAUCUUUUUGUCUACUCACCACAAAAUCUUGCAAACUCUGAACACACGAGAGUUAUUUACUCUCUCCGCGCGCUUUUGGGAGAAUUGGAGCGUUUGUUUCCCGGAAAGUCCCACCUCGCUAGAAACGACAUCGCCCUCUUGUGUAUACUGAAUGGGAACGACUACCUGCCAAAACUCCCAGGCUUCUCUUUCGCCAGAUUUACAGCAGCCUAUGAGGCAACAAGACGCAGGCCCGACUGCCACGAUUUGAGUUGGGUGGAUGCGGAACGCCAGACGUUUAACUGGCAUUUUUUUGGGGCUUUUCUGGAGGAGUUAGAGCGCAUGCAGAGUUUUGAGUUGGUCGCUAAACAAAGAGAAGAAAGCAUAAAGCAACAACGAGAGGCUGCUGGACGAGCUCCUGCUGAUGCAGCAGCUCCAUUUAAGACUUCCCCAUUGCAGCUCGUCAACCAAUUGGUCGCACAAAAAAGACUCGUCGUAUCCAACGCGAAUGUCCCGCUGGAUAGUACAGACCCCUCAGCACAGAACAAGCUACAAUGGAGUUUCCAGGAGCGUGAAGACGGUUUCCUCUGCGACAUCGAAUCCGAGCUGAGUGGGCCUAGGUUAAAGCGCCGCCAGACGGAGGGGCCCGCCCAGGCAAGCAACGAGCCCCCUGACACUACGGGGGAGAGCCUAAAGAAUGAAGGGGGGGAACUUAAGAGUGAAGAGGGGCCUAUAAGGAAUGAAGAGGGGCCCCUUAAGGAUGAAGAGGGGGCCCUUCAGACUGCAGAGUCGUCCCCCAAGCCUGAGGAGCGGUGGACAGGCAUUGCGAGCAGUGCAUCACACAAGAAGACGGCGCAACAGAAGGCCGCUUUGAAAUUGCUGCAGCAGCGCUUCCCACAGCUGCUGCAGCUUGUAAAGGAGGGCCCCUGGAACUCCGAGAGUUCAGGAACAGCAAAAUCUGAACAGGAGGGGGGAUGUGCCGAGGUCAACAUCGAUCCCGAUCUUGUCUCUGCUGCCACCUUCAACAAAGCAGCUGCUGCUCUUCGUGCUACGACCCCCUCUAACACGCUCAAUAAUCUCUGUCUGGCUGCUCUACACAGCCCUCCGACUUUCUGCUUAGUUUAUGGCGAGGAGGCGGCUGGUAAACCACCGCAUGCAAUCCAAGUUGAAGCAGCAGCACAAACUACAGAGACGCAAGCAGAAGCAGCACAAACAACAACAGCAACAGCAGCCCAAAGUGUAGGAACACCGAUAGGAGUAACAACACCAACACCAGUACCAUCAGCAGAACCACCAGUACCAGCAGCAGCAGCAGCUCCUGCAGCAGACGGAGCAGCGGCAUCAACACCAGCAGCAGGAGAAACGGCAGCGGAAGAAAAAGCAGCAGCAGCAGCAGCAGGGAGUCCUCCUAAAGGGUUUGUUCGGGUAGAUGUGGUGCUGCAAGGAAGAGUUAUUUUUUCCUGUCUUUUGGAGGGGCAUCAGGCGACAUCCAAGAGCAAACUGAAACAUGCUGCUAGCAUGCGAGCGCUGGAGGAGUGGGCUCCUGGUCUACACGCCGCGUUGAGGGCACAGGCCUGGGAAGAAGACGGUUCGCAAUCUGAACUCAGUGACGGUGGUGCAUCUGCUGCGGCAGCAGCAGCAGCAGCAGCAGCAGCAGCAGGACAGAUGGAAACAGAAGACAAGUUGAACUGCAGCACUUCUGGGGAAUCGAUUGAGUCUGUCGAGAAAGAGAAGACACAUGAAUAUCUUUGGGGCCUGUUGUGGAAUCUGCGGAUGUACGUUGACGGGCUUUGCUGCAACAACUUGUGGCAUUUCCCUUUUAACUCCGCCCCCUCCCUCCUUGCCCUCCGCCAUAUAGUCCAUACACAAAUGAAGGCAUCAGCAGCAGCAGCAACAGCAACAACAACAGAGCCUGAAGCACCAGCAGCAGAUAGGGCACGCCUACAAGAAACGCCUCCACCUGUUUCUGAGUCGCUGUACACCGCAGCACUUCUGCCAAGGUCGUCCCUGAACGAUCUAGAGGCUCGCGAGCGCCAGGCGUGGGGCCCCCAGGAGGCCCCCAUGACGAAACGACUCCUUGAGGCGCGGGACCUUCUCGAGACUGCAGCAGCAGCAGCAGCAACAGCAGCACCUGCUGCCGCACAGUCACGUGACGAACUGCCAGAAGAAUUGAAGGGGUUGCAAUUGGCGGAUAAAAAGGAGGGAGAAGAGGAAACCACGCAUGAACCUUCAAGCCAACAGCAAGAAGAAGUGCAGAUCAACGCAAACACCGUCCUGCUCGCGAUGCGUAUGCUGGCGCAGCAGCGGCAGCAACAGCAGCAGCAGCAACAGGAGUUCGCCGCGCCGUCCUCUGCAGGGGAAACUGAUAGCAACCCCGCGGGAUCUCCCGUGGGUAGUCCCCCCAUCAGCAGCAACAGCAGCAGCAGCAACAGCAGCACCAGCAGCACCUGGACAGUGUUUAGGCGAGGUCGAGGGGGCCUCGCCUCUUCUCUAAUCCGUGAAUCCAAGACGCCAAUUUUUCUUGCUGAUGGAUUCAAUAGGCCAUGGGCUAAACCCCCUACAGAGGAUCCCGUCAAGAGCGCUGCAUGCGCUGCUGCCUCAGAAGAGCACAUCCUGCAGCACACUCAGGACCCUCCCGCUUCUUGGUGGGGCCCGGGGGCCCCCCUGCAGGGACCUUCAGAUGAAACAGAUGCCCUGCAACCGUUGGUUGUUGGGGGCCCCCUUGGGGCCCCGAGACACCUUCUGCAGCAGGGGGGCCCACAGGUGUCACCACCGGCAGCGCUAAUGGGAAGAGUACACGGGUGUACGUACACCUUAAGAAGCAGCGUAGUGCACUGCAACAGGGUGUACGUACACCGCACUGCAACACGAGUACAGUACAGCAGCAGGUAA